GACGCUAUUGGUAGUAGAGACACGUUCAUGUUGACAAUUUUCAUAACCUCGCAUUUUAACAUAGAAUUAUAGCUUCAAUCUUUUUAAUUUUAAUAUUAAUAAUUGGGCUAUAACCAGAGCUAGAUAUGUCUGAAGAUGCUCCACAGCAACAACGCUAUAAACGCAAACGUAAGAAGAAUUUCUUAAAAAAUGCCAAAGGUUUUGGUAAAAAAGGCAUGUACGGAAGGGGAAGUCAGUUGGAUGCAGAAACCUAUCAAUAUUUCAUACGCAUUUUGGACGUGUACAAAGAGGGUUUUCCUUCGGACGAAGAAAAAGCCCUGUUUGUAAACAAUGUUUUCCAACAAACUGAAGAUCAAGAGGUGAACUGUUGUUGUAACCAAGUUGGGUGCCGGGUUAUACAAACAUUUCUUCCGUUUGCUAGUCAAGAAUAUCUCGAACGAUACAUGCGUCUCCUUACAUCAGACUUACGGCCACUGUGUGCGGAUCCUUUCGCUAGCCAUGUUCUUCAGACAUUGCUGGAGAUAGCAUGCCAGAAAUCACUAGAUAAUGAAAAUGAAGAUUUCAAAGAGCAGUGUAAUGCAGCCACAGUGAAGAUAAGCAAAUUUCUCUUGAAUAAUUUGGAAGAUUAUGUUUGGGACACAUACGGUAAUCAUAUUAUACGAACUGUGUUGAAGAAUUUGGGAAAUGCAAGUGAAAUUAGUGACUAUAUCUCAAUUGUGAAAGACUAUGGCAACCGUCUACUAGCGUGGCCACAGUUUCUCGAUCUGCCUUAUUCAGAGUUAACAUCUGGGCUUCUGCAAGUACUGUUAAAAUCGUUGCAGAAUGUCGAUGCUAAACUUCUUGAUGCCUACAUGAGUAAACUGCUAAAUGAGUGCUUUACUAAAGUCAGUAGUGUUGAUGAUUAUCAAGGUAAAAGUUACAAUCAACUGCCCGAUGCAUUUAUGUCGAAGCCAGUGAUGAUGCUGUUAGAGAUUUGCCUGGAAGUCGCUUCUCCUAAACUUUACACACAGAUCUACGCUAAAUGUUUUGUUAAUAAUUUAGUGAGGCUAUCGCUUAUUAAGAACACUAAUUUUUCUGUACAAAAGCUGCUGGGGAAUUGCAAAGAAAAAAGUGAAUUUGAGGCAAUGUUUGAUGAGCUUUCAGAAAGUUAUAGCACAAUCUUGGAAUCUGGCCACUCUGGUGUUGUUUUAGCUGUGGGUCAAGGGUGUAAACGUCUUCUGACAAAGCAAGGAAGUUUUGUACAGAAUAUAAUGAAAGUGUAUGAAUGUUACGAACCAGAGUCACGUCAGUUGAGUAUUGUAUUGUGUUUGUGCAAGAAUUUGAAAUAUGACGAUUUGAACGAUCGUAAAGGUGAAGAUCUUCAAAGUGCAAAAUUAAAUUUACAUGGCACACUCAUGGUUCAAUUAAUGCUCGAAUUUAAUAAGCCAAUUAAAAUUAUCAACAGCAUUUUGGAUAUUGACUCGAUUGACUUAAGGAAGCUGUUUUGCAAUCGUAUGGGAAGCCAUAUUGCCGACAUUUAUGUGAAAAGUCAAUAUGUGGGCGAAAAAAGCCGCGAUAAAUUGUUUAAAAAGUUACAGGGCACUUUUCAAGAGUUAGCUGCAGAUAAAUAUGGAUCUCGUAGUUUUGAGGCAAUCUGGAAUGUUACAAGUUUAAAAAAUCGGAAAACUAUCAUGAACGAACUGUCACAUAAGGAUGGUGCUUGGUCGAAUACGCAAUUUGGUCGAAUUAUUUCGGCAAAAGUGAAUUUGACCAUGUACAAAAGAAAUAAAGAGGAAUGGAAUAAUUUCAUUUUGAAAGAAGGUAGCAAAAAAGAUGUAAAAGAAUUAUUUACAGACAUUUUAGCAAAUUAGGUUUUAUUGAAUAAAAAAUAAAUAAAAUAUUGUUUGUU